AAGCAUCAAGGAUACAACGAUACAACAAUUUCCUGUUUUACUUCAAUGGAUAUAACACCUUUUCUUAUAGUGCAAACCAGUUGAAAAGUGUGUCCGAGAUGAAUCAGUGUCUCUGGAAUUCAGCAACAGAUUGUCCUAGCUAGAAUCGAGUUCAAAAGCUGAACUUGGGAAACUUGGACGCGGGUAUCGCUCAGGCAGUGUUGUGAACACAGCGCGCUCGGACGGUCGCUCGCUCGCACCGGUCGUAAUAACUUGGAAAGGAUACGAGUGUUUAUUUCGGGAGUGCAGUUUUGUUACACGUUUUUGGACGACUUUCUGAGAAUUGGUUACGUAAAAACGGUAUCUGAUUAGCUUUAAAGCUAAAGCUUCGGUGGUUUGGAUCGUCGAUCAGUGAGAUUAAGUUAUCUGUGUGGUUAAACCAUUUUUCAGAACGAAAGAAAAAUAUUUGUGUCGGUGUAGUAAACGUGAUAAAAAGUUUGUGUAUUGUGUGUUACAUUUGGAACAAAUAUUUUUCUAGUGCGGUAGUUUCACGUGGUAAAAAUGUUAGUGCCACAUGGAUAGUGAAGGCAGGCUAGUUUUCUGGAAGAGUGGAGUGUGGGAGGGGGGUGCGCCUACCUUAAACUGCAACACCUGCAAGAAACGCCGCGCCGACAGGAUGACUGAAAACGAUAGGAUGGCUUCGCAAGGCGAACUAAAGAAACUCUCAGAAGAGAGUUUAACGCGGCAGCCAGAAGAGGUCUUCGACAUCAUCUGCAAGCUGGGAGAAGGCUCCUAUGGCAGUGUAUACAAGGCACUCCACAAAGAGAGCGGGCAGGUGCUGGCCAUCAAGCAGGUGCCGGUGGACACGGACCUGCAGGAGAUUAUCAAGGAGAUCUCCAUCAUGCAGCAGUGCGACAGCCCCUACGUCGUCAAGUACUACGGCAGCUACUUCAAGAACACAGACCUGUGGAUCGUAAUGGAAUACUGCGGCGCCGGUUCAGUCUCAGACAUCAUGAGGCUACGGAAGAAGACGCUCUCGGAAGACGAGAUAGCAACGAUAUUGUGCGACACACUCAAGGGUUUGGAGUACCUGCAUCGGCGGAGAAAGAUCCACCGGGACAUCAAGGCUGGAAAUAUCCUGCUCAACACUGAGGGACACGCCAAACUGGCGGACUUCGGCGUCGCGGGACAGUUGACUGACACAAUGGCAAAACGCAACACAGUAAUAGGCACUCCCUUCUGGAUGGCGCCCGAGGUGAUCCAGGAGAUCGGCUACGACUGCGUGGCCGACAUCUGGUCGCUGGGCAUCACGGCGCUGGAGAUGGCGGAAGGCAAGCCGCCCUACGGCGACAUACACCCCAUGCGGGCUAUAUUCAUGAUACCGACGAAGCCGCCGCCUUCGUUCAGAGAACCAGACCAGUGGUCGCCAGAGUUCAUAGACUUCGUCAGCCAGUGCCUUAUAAAGAACCCAGAAGAGAGAGCGACAGCGGAAUUUUUACUAAACCACGAGUUUAUCGGCAACGCGAAGCAGGCGUCGAUCCUUAGCGCCAUGAUCGCGGAGGCGCGCGAGUUACGCGAGCAACAAGCCACGCGAGCGCACGGUGCACGACUGCCCGCGCCGGGCGAGGGCUACGACGAGGAGACGAUGAAGAAGCGCGACGACGGCACGCUGGUGCCGCAACGCGACGGGACCGCCGAGCUGGCCGCCGACCUCGGCACCAUGGUCAUCAACGAGCCCGACGCCGACCUCGCCACCAUGAAGCCGCCACGACGGCACGACGAGCUGGCCGCCGACCUCGGCACCAUGGUCAUCAACGAGCCCGACGCCGACCUCGCCACCAUGAAGCGGCACGACACGGACCCGAUGGACACGAACCGGCCGAAGUACCGGCCGCUGUUCCUGGAGCACUUCGACAAGAAGGAGGUCAACCACCUCUCCGCCGCCAACGGCGCCGCGCCGCGCCGCCCGCCGCAGGGCGACGGCGUGGAGGCGGCGUUGGAGAGCGUGAUGGGGGUCAGCGAACUGGCCAGUCAGCGCGCGUGCGUGGAGGAAGGCAACUUCGAAUUCCUGGCGUUCCUAUCGGUGUCGGAGCUGGAAGCGCGCGUGUCGCGGCUGGACGCGGAAAUGGAAGCGGAGAUCGAACAGCUGCGCGCGCGCUACACGCGCAAGCGGCAGCCCAUCCUCGACGCCAUACACCUCAAGCGCAAGCGCCAGCAGAACUUCUAGCGCACGCCCGGUAGACGG